GCUUUAUUCAAAGCAAAACCAACGCCAUUCACCCGAGUUAAACACUGGCUUGCGUCUUGUUGAAGUUUUGAGACUUUUGAGAGCAUUUCAACCUACCUCUUUGUCCCAAAAACGAAUAAUACAGAUAUCAAUUCUCAGCUCCACUUUUUCAUUCUUCAUUCUUUAUUUAUGUCAAAACCACAGUUCACAGCUUUGUAGAAUUUUCCCGUGAUCAAACAAACACUGUAUUAGUAAUUAGUAAUUAUAACAAGUACAUGGAUCGCUACGAGAUUCUCAAGGAUAUUGGGUCUGGGAAUUUUGCUGUGGCCAAGCUAGUUAGAGAUAUCUUCACCAAAGAGCUUUUUGCUGUCAAGUUCAUUGAGAGAGGCCACAAGAUUGAUGAGCAUGUCCAGAGGGAAAUCAUGAACCAUAGAUCAUUGAAGCAUCCCAAUAUCGUUAGAUUCAAAGAGGUCUUGCUGACACCAACACAUCUAGCCAUAAUAAUGGAGUAUGCUGCUGGAGGAGAACUCUUUGAGAGGAUAUGCAAUGCGGGUAGAUUCAGUGAAGAUGAGGCAAGAUUUUUCUUUCAGCAACUGAUAUCAGGAGUAAGUUACUGUCAUUCAAUGCAAAUCUGUCAUAGAGAUCUGAAGCUUGAAAAUGCACUCUUAGAUGGGAGCAGUGCGCCACGAGUCAAAAUUUGCGACUUCGGUUACUCAAAGUCAUCUCUAUUGCAUUCACAACCAAAGUCUACCGUAGGAACUCCAGCUUACAUUGCACCUGAGGUCCUAACGAGGAAAGAAUAUGAUGGAAAGAUUGCAGAUGUUUGGUCUUGUGGAGUCACCUUAUACGUGAUGUUAAUUGGGGCUUAUCCUUUUGAAGACCCAGAGGACCCGAGAAACUUUAAGAAAACCAUUGGUAGGAUACUUAGUGUUCAAUACUCAGUUCCGGAUUAUGUACGAGUCUCCAUGGAAUGUAAACAUCUUCUAUCACAAAUAUUUGUGGCGAGUCCUGAAAAGAGAAUAACAAUGCCAGAAAUUAGAAACCAUCCAUGGUUUAUGAGGAACUUACCUAUAGAAUUAAUGGAAGGUGGAAGCUGGCAAAGCAGUGAUGUAAAUAAUCCAUCACAAAGUGUUGAGGAAGCCCUGUCCAUUAUACAAGAGGCAAGAAAACCUCUUAAUAUCCCCAGGGCUGGUGGCCUUCUUACUGGAGGCAGCAUGGACCUAGAUGACUUGGAUGCUGAUGCAGAUCUUGAAGAUAUAGAAACUAGUGAUUUUGUGUGCCCUCCUCUUUAAGUGUAUACAUGAACAAACUAAGCUAUUAUUUGCUGUGAAAAUGUAAAUAGCUUUUUCUAGGUGGGGGCUGAAAUUCCUUAAGCCUUGGUGCUACAGUAAAAAGUUGUUGCCUUGUGAUUGAGGUUACGGGUUCAAGUCCUAGAAACAACCUCUUGUGUAAAAAACAGGGUAAGGCUGCAUACAAUAGACAAAGUAAUCAGACCCUUCCCCCGGACCUCAUGCAUAAUGGGAGCUUUAAUGCACCAGGCUGCCCUUUUUUAUUAA